AUGGCGACCGAGCGUUCUCUCGGCGCCCUGUUGCGGUCGCUUCAGUCGCCAUCCGAUCUCCAAGAUGCCUUUGCAUUGCUUCCCACGGCGACCGGACUUCUGUACACCCUUGCGAAUCCCUUAAAUCUGAGUCUCCUGUCGUCACAGUUGCUUGCGGCACCCGCGAUAUGGGACCACGCGGUCGAUCUACACGCUUGCCGGAAGAUCCUCAGCGUCUUCAAUACAGCUGCCAUCGCGUUCGUGCAGAAUGAGACAUCUGACGACCCGAGGAUACCUUAUGUCAAGCCCAAGAAGAUCGAGCGGGAUGCGUGGGUGAAAGCCGUUGUCAGUGGAGCGGAUGACAAGUCGCCGCGAUGGCGACACGUGCUACUGAUCGGGGGACUCUUGCUGGGCUUCGAAGGUCAGAACAGACAGGGGCUAUCGUGGAAUGUCCGAAAGAAGGUGGAAAUGGCGCUUGUGACGGCUGCGCAGCUGGCGCUGGAAGAAUUGAAUCCCGACAAUGAAAUCGAGGGUCUUUGCAUCACCAUGGUCCUGAAUUAUUCCUUUGAAUUGCUCUCGGAUUACGAACGGACGAUGAUCAACUAUGACCGCUUGCUCCCUGUGCUGAUGCAGAGUGUCUAUUCGUCCUCGGAGGGUCUCGAGGGGGGUUACUUCCUGGGCACGGUGGACAAGGACAUUGUGGAGGCGGCCGGAAAACGAUUCCAAUGGCCGGAGCACUCUAUCACCUUCGCUCGUGUCACCGCAAUCUCAUCCAGUCCGCUUGUGUCUGCGCUGGGUCCGCUGUCCCGGCUUAUCUCACAUGCAAUUGAGAAUGUCCGUGAUCCAGGCCUGGUGGCCCGAUCUGUCGAUCAUCUUGCGGAUUUCGUCCGUACCUUGAUGGUGCAGUGGCGCCAGAAUAAGUUGUCAGAGGUUGAUCGAGCAGAGGAGGCCGAGUUUUUGGAUGCCGAGUCUCUGAAAACUACGAUCCCGAGCCUGUGGAAAUUGCUCCGGAAUUGCUUGUACUCCGUUGUGAUUGUGCUUCGAGCCGUUCUCGGACGGGUGCUCAAUGAUCAUGUGUUGGCAGCUAAUAGAAGUGCACCGUUUCUGUCUAUGCAAUCUCUCCACAUCCUCCGGAAUCUCUACUUUAUCUCUUCGCGCAUCGGCCCGAAUGCCUCUUCUCAGCACAUGUUUGUGACUUUGACCGCGGUGGAUAUUCUCGCACAGUACCCCGAUAUUGCCGAGAAUUUCCUCAAAAGCAUCAAGCCGAAUGAACUAGGCCAGAUCCCCGCCCAUCCACUUGAACGGUGCCUUGAUCUGUAUUUCCUCAACACAGCCGAACUGUUCACCCCUAUCCUGUCGCCAAAGUUCAGCGAGGACCUCCUCAUUUGCGCCGCAGUUCCAUACCUCCCCGCCGGUGGGAACAACCAUCUUCUUGAGAUCUUUGAAGCGGCGCACAGCGUGGUUCUCGCCGUGUUUGCGAUCCCAGAUAACGCCAGCGUAGCAGCCUCGCAUCUACCAUUCUACAUCGACAACCUCUUUGCCGUCUUCCCGGACAACCUCUCCAUCCGCCAAUUCCGCCUCGCCUUCAAAACCGUCCUCCAAGUCACCGCACCCCCAUCCCCCAUCGCAAACAAACAACCUCUCCUCCCAUCCAUCCUCCUCGAAGUCCUCCACGACCGCGCCCUCCACGCAUCCACCAACGUCCUCCCCCAGCCCUCCUCAACCACUACCCCCCUCGACAUGGAACGCCCCCCACCUCCCCUCUCCGAACAAGCCGCCCUCACCCUCUCCCUGAUCGACGGCCUCUGCUUCCUCCGCGUCGAAGACCUCCAGGAAUGGCUCCCUCUCACAGCAUCCCUCAUCAACGUCAUCCCUGACGCCGAAAUGCGCGCCGCCUGCGUCGAACGGUUCUGGGAGGCCCUGAGUAGCGGCGAGAUGGACGUCGAGAGGGCCCAUUACUGCGUUACGUGGUGGAGUACGUUGGGGGGUCGGGAAUUGGUGCUUUUUGGUCCUGAGGGCGCUGCGGUGGAUGGGUCUGCGCAGGAUGAUCCCCAGGGCGCGUUUAUGAGUGGUGCUGUUGGGGGUGUUGCGCCGGAGAGUAAACUCUAG